AUGAAUGUUCCUGAAGAGUACUUAUACAUAAUUUAUUGUCUUGAUAAUCAAUUUACUUAAACAUAUGAAAUAAGAAUUUUUAAAUCCUAAAGAAUGGAUAAUUUAACUUUUUUUUGGAUGCAAAUAUUUAAAAAUUCACAAACUCAACUGAAUCUUCAAGUAUAAAAGAGUAAAUUAGAUUGCCCAUCUGAAGUAGAAAUUGCAAGAUACUUACUUAUUAAUUCCUAAUUUAUUUUACUCACAUUCAUUUUAUUAAUUCAAUAAAAUCUUUAUCCAAACAAUAAAAUUUAACUCUAAAAUAUUCCACUUAGCUAUCCAAAUAUAAGUAAAUAUAUCAAAGUUUAUUAACAAUAUUCAGUUACCACUUCUGAAUAAAAUCAUAUUUAUUUCUAACUUUUGAUUAUUGAAUAUUAAUAUACUACUAUGGUAUAAUUUUAUUGA